AUGUCCUCCCACGUCCCCUCGCCGACCUCUUCUCCAGCCUCGGCUGUACAAGACUCCUCCCUGCUCAGCCAGGAGAGCAUCUUCCGGAGCUCGCAGACCAGCAACCCCGACUCCUCCAGUCUUUCCCUCGAGUCCUCCUUCCAGCUCGACACCAGCUAUACCUCCCAGUACGAAGAGAGUCAGAAGCAUCCCAAGGGAAAGAGGAAGAGAACCACCACCCAAGACAAGGCAAUUCUCGAGGCCGCGUAUAAUGCCAACCCAAAGCCCGAUAAGGCGGCGCGUCUGGACUUGGUAAAACGCGUUAGUCUUAACGAGAAGGAAGUUCAGAUAUGGUUCCAAAACCGCCGCCAGAAUGACCGCCGGAAAUCACGUCCGCUGUCACCACAGGAGAUUGCCCAGCUCAGGUUUGGCGGCAGCUUGCACAUGCUGUCAUCAGAUAACCCGUCUUUUAGUGCUGCCGAGGCAAUAGACGCGGUUGAGGCGACGCGCUCCGCCGACGUGGCCCAACAUUCUCCUUUACCGGCAUAUGCCGCCUCCCAGGAGUGGCCCCGGGGCUCCCUCGGCGAUAUUGUUGCCGCUGCCGAAUCAUCGAGGCAAGAUAGACGGCAUUCUGAGCCGGGCUCAACCAGGUUGUCUUUGCCGUCUUCGCAAAAUGACCGUGUUGCCAGCGAAGGCUCAGCAUUGUCUCAAUCUCUGCCUGGUCGUGUCGGUUAUCUAUCCAACCGAUGGCACACGAAUGAGCCCUUCUCUGCCCCUUCAAGUGUAGAAAGAUCGAGGCAUGAGCCCUUGAGACUCGAGAGCCUUAUUGGAACGGGAAAUUCGGAAGCAAAUGACUCACCACGCUCAACCUUGUCUCAGUCCUUGCCUCGACCGUCAAAACCAUCAUCACAAUUCCGAAUCUCGCUUUCACUGGAGGGCAAGGCCGAGAUUGUGGAUUCGCUGCAAUCGCCACCUCGGGAGAUUCAAUCUUCGUCGAUGAUCUCAGCUACUCUCCCGCCUGUUCGUGCGCCACGGAUCCUGCAGCGAAGUAAAAGCGCAUUGGCUGGCAUCACUCUUCCACCCAUCUCGGCCCUCACAGCAAACUUGCCUCCACAAUUACCAAGGGGCCGCUCGCGAGAUGUAUCAGCUUGGGAAUCCUGCUGUGAUGCCGACACCCGUGAUGAGCUAACCAAACUUGCCGAGAACGAGUCGUCGGGCUCGGCUGUUGCGGCCAUCUCUCUCUUGCGGUCAAGCAGUCAGACUAGCAGUCUUGCCAACCUGGUUCAUGGACACAUGCCAGGCCAUGGUAAUGCGCCAAAGCCGAGCAGUGCCAAGAGGAACGCAACACCAUUGGGCCGACGCGAUUUGAACAACAAGAAGCCCAAGCUCGCACGAUCCAGCAGCAGCGUGGCAAGAUUACAGAGCAUUGCCAACGCCGCUGCUCUCGAGAGACCCCAGCGUGCAUUUGACGAGUAUGAGCCUGCCAACAAAUAUGGUAAAGCAAGUCUAGUAGAAGUCUUAUCGCCCUCAGGGGACUCGGACAAGGAGAACUGGAGCCCAGGCAAGGAUGCAAACUCGAUGGGUCGACGCCGGCCACUCCCGCGUAUAACUGCUGAAGCCAUGUCUACUAUAAAUAAGGGCACGAACCCACGACGUCCUGGACCCCGUUUGUUGGACCACUCGAUUAGCAUGGGCAGCCCCAAGCGAAUGUUCCUCGGUGGACGCUCGAAUACAGCACCAGCACCACGAUUGAGAGGCGGUAAGGGUUCCGAACGAUCGUUGGUGAUCUUUGAGGACGGCGGCUCCGAUGCGGCGGAAAAUGACGAGAGCGAAGACGAAGGGGGCUCGGCAAAGAAGUCGCGGAGAAGCAACGACGAGGUUGAGAGAUUCAUGCGCGGCGAGGUGAGCCCAAGCAAAAAGGGUGACGUGGAUUGUGUUGCUGGAUUGUUGGCCCUCAGUCAAGGCAACUGGCGAUGA